AUGCACACACAGGAGGACGAACGGUACGUGCUGUACGGUGGACCUGACCCGACCGACCUGGACCACUAUGGCUCGCUUGGUGAGGUGAUCGUGGAGGAACUGAAGUUACGACCUGCGAACAUUGGCCUGAUCGAUCCAGUGACGCUUGAAGAGCUCAGCUAUGCGCAAAUUCUGGAACGCUCCGGACGGCUGGCACUGGGUCUGGCCAAGUUAGGCAUCGGCCCGACAGACAACGUGGCGAUCGUGAGCCAAAACAGCUUAGACUACUGCAUCACGCUGUUUGGCAGCAUCUUCGUGGGGGCUCCAUUAGCACUGCUCAACCCGGGCUACGUCGAAGGGGAGCUAUCGCACGCGAUAGGGCUUGCUCGACCGCGGCUUAUCUUCAUAUCGCCGGAUGUACUGGAGAAGCUAAUGCGAGCUCUUGCCGCGUUACCGGGAGGUACGACUCCCCGGGUAGUGCUCUGUGGAGAGCAUCCGGCCGUCGGAAAAUACCCGGGUGUAAUACCCUUCGAACAGCUGCUUCGUGAUGGUGCCGCAUUCAACCCGACCCACUAUAAACCGGCUCCGGUCGAUAAGACACGGCAUGUCGCGCUAGUGGUGUUAUCAUCCGGCACAACCGGGUUACCUAAGGGUGUUGAGCUGACACACCACAGCAUCAUCUCGACGAUCGCACACUCGAAGGAAGCCGCAAAGGUGAUCGAGCUACCGGAUCAGCUUGUGGCGUUGGCCGUGACACCACUGUUCCACGUGGUGGCUGGCGUCGGAUUGCUUAACAUGGUGACGAACAACUGCCGGUGUGUGGUGAUGCCCCGAUUCGAUCCGCAUCUGUUUCUCAGCUGUAUCGAGAAGUACCGCGUGAACCUGAUGACGCUCGUGCCACCGCUGAUGGUGUUCCUGGCCAAACACCCGAUGGUGGAUGACUUCGAUCUGUCCUCGCUCAUGACGCUGAUAUGUGGUGCGGCACCACUCAGCCGUGAGGUUGAGGAUCAAGUGCGUGAACGGCUCGGUGUGGCCUUCAUCCGGCAAGGAUAUGGCAUGAGCGAGACCACGCUCGGUGUGCUGAUGCAGGACGGGUACGACAACAAACCGGGCAGUGUUGGCCGUGUGCGGAUGGGCCAAUGGGUGAAGGUGAUUGACCCCGAGACGGGUCGAGCCCUUGGUCCGAACCAGCGUGGGGAGUUGUGCUUCCGUGGGUCUCUCAUCAUGAAGGGCUACGUGGGUCGUGAACGAGCCAUCGAUGCCGACGGUUGGCUACACACCGGUGACGUUGCGUACUACGACGAGGAUCACGAGUUCUUUAUCGUCGAUCGCAUCAAGGAGCUGAUCAAGUACAAAGGCUUCCAGGUGCCACCGGCUGAGCUGGAAGCGAUUCUGCUCGAGCAUCCGCGCAUUAGUGAUGCGGCCGUGAUUGGAGUGCCGGAUGAGCGAGCGGGCGAGUUACCGAUGGCGUUCGUGGUGACGGAGGACGGUGAGCGGAUGACCGAACGGGAGGUGCAGGACUUUGUCGCUGGGAAGGUAUCGGAACAGAAGCGGCUUCGCGGAGGUGUCCGGUUUGUAACGGAAAUCCCGAAGACGGCGAGUGGGAAAAUCCUUCGCCGGGAGCUGCGGGAUCAGGUCAAGAGUACCAAAGCGAAGCUUUAGUCGGUGAGAAUGUGUGCCUUGGGAGUCCUUGGGAUUUCUUCUAUCUAGUCGCAGCGAGGGUUAAGGGAGACCGGGUUUGGUGUGUUUUAAUUUGAUUGUGAAAUAAACCGAUCGACCGUUAGUGCGGUCAA